CUUCAAGUUCACUCAGGCGCACUUGUGGGAGCGAGUUCCCUCCAAGGACCAGGUGAUCAAGCGAAUCGAGACUUGGAAUGGAAAGAUCUCAAAGAUGGAAAUGGAUUUGAAGCGCAAAGACGACAACAAGGAGGUGUCAUUGGGAACAUCCAAGAUCAACUACAUGGAUCCCCGUAUCACGGUUGCUUGGUGCAAGCGCAAUGAAGUCCCCAUUGAACGUGUCUUCUCAAAGACCCUUCGUGACAAGUUCAACUGGGCGAUGGCUGCUCCCCCUGCAUGGGAGUUCAGUGCGGAGAUCGGCUUGAUGGGCUAG